AUUGGCUUUCCUUCACAGUUAACAAUGCAGCCGGCUUUAUCACUAGUUCUGUUCCUGGUUCUUUCGCAAGCAGACCACACACUAUCUUUCUCUCAAACUUUACACAUGGUUAACGUGUUAUUCCGCCAUGGUGACAGAACAGCUACAGGAACAUUACCAGCACACGGACAGAGUAGCAGAGAUAGUAGAGGACAUCUAACCAAAAUAGGAACUAAACAAAAUCUGAAUCUAGGAAGUUAUUUUCAAAGUCGUUACCAUGGAUUUUUCAGUUCUAUUCCUUCAAAUGAGAUCAAACUGGAGAGUUCUCCUGUCCCACGAUGUGUCCAAAGUGCCCAAGCUCUCGUAGAUGGCUUAUAUUUACAUUACCAAACAACAGAACGAAACUUCUCAGAAUCACAAUUACUACCAAUAUAUUCCAGACCUCAUGAUGAUAAUAUGAUUAGUUUUGCCAGAAAUUGCUCACUUUAUACUCACCUUUAUACACAACGACUCAACACAGUUGGAAAACAAAUUCAAACAGAUAAUCAGGACUUCAUCAACUUCAUCAGUAACAAAACUGGAGUAGACACAAACCUCAAGAAGAUUUGGAUGGUAGCAGAUACUCUCUCUUGCUGGAAGGCCCAUAACCAAUCAUUACCAUCAUGGGUAAAUGAGAGUGUUCUGAGGAAACUUCAGAAGCUACACGACAACAAAUUCGACUUGAUGUUUGGAUCUCCGUUAAUGGCAAAACUUAAAGGAGGGCCAAUACUGAAGAAAAUUAUUUCAAACAUGAAUAGCGUUGCUAUUGAGCGCCAAAAACCUGAAACCAAGUUAUAUUUCUACUCAGGGCAUGAUGCUACUGUGUCGGCUUUACUCAAUGCCCUAAGUGUUUCCAAUGGCUUAAGUCCUCCAUAUGCUGCCAGUGUGAUAUUGGAACUUCAUCAAAGUUUAGACCAAGGUUACUACGUCCAAGUAUGGUAUAAAAAUACUACAGUUGAUCUGCUGAACUACAUGCAGCCACCGUACCAGCUCACCAUUCCAGGUUGCUCCAAGGACUGUCCAUAUGAGAAAUUUGUAGAAUUAACAAAAGACAGUUUACCAGGAGACUGGGAAAGGGAAUGCAAAUCACUUCAUUAUUCGGAUAAUCAACAUGGUAUGUGAUAUAGAAAUAAACGUCAAUGCAAUGCUUUGAAACCAUCAACACACCAAAGAGAAGAGACAGAUUGUUAUUACACCACAAAGGAUUUCUCCAAAUGAUGGAUUACAAACAUUACUACAGAAAUAUUUAAAUGAAAACUAAGACAAAACAAAAUUCCACAAAAAGACUCCUGUACAUACUAAGUAGAUUUUGAAAAAAAAACUACUUGAUAUAUUUUAUAAUUUAUUACACUUUAUAACUAAAUAUUUCCUACCAUCAACAAAGCAA